CAAACGAAUUUCAUAUUCUCAAAAAUGGCUUUAAUCAACGAUUUUGUUAUCUCAAGCAAUAACAGUAUUAACGAAAAUAAAUACAAUGCAAAAAAAUUAUCUAAAUCAAAAGUACAUAAAUUAAAACAAUUAUUAAAACCAGUGUUUGCAAUUUUAAAAUCACGAAAACAAUUAAAAAAUACAUAUACUAAAUCAUGUGUGGAUGUCUGUGAAACGGAAAACUUUGACGAAUGUUGUAUACAUUGUCAAUUACAUGAAAACUACGAUUCCGCCUACGAAAGUGAUCAAAAUGAUGCAAAUGAAUUUUUGGAAGAAAAUAUUUUAAAUGAAAUCAAUCAAUGUGUAGAUGGUGCAGCAGUUCCUGUUUACUUCAAUCAAGAUUCCAUGGAAAUUAUCCCAAUACACCGUGGUGAUAAUUAUAUUCCAGUACAUUUCGCUAAAACUGAAGCUGGCACAUUCUUCUGGACAACAAUGCCAAAACAAGUGGUUUUGGAUUGUGAUGAAGAAAAUGAUUUAAAUUGUUUAAAAGCACAAAGUGAAGGUCAAUUACCUGAAUCACAAGUUCCAUGUGAUCGAUGGGCUCAAGCUUAAAUUUUUCGACGAACAAAUCUUCCUAAAUGUGCCUUUUAAAAAGAGAUUUUAAACUAGAAAAUAUAUAUAGAUUUU